AUGGGUAAAUCACCAGGAAAAUGGAUCAAAACUGUUUUGUUUGGGAAGAAGUCAUCCAAAUCAAAUAUACCAAGAGGAAGAGAGAAGCUUGUUAAUAAAAAAGAAGGAGUUGUUACUUCCAAGGUUUCAGAAACUGGUUUGGCUUUGGAGCCAACCACCGAUACCAUUACCAUUCCCAGACACGAGGAAGAGCUGGAGCUGGAGAGUAGAGAAGCAGAAAAUGUUUUGCCUGAUAAUCAAGAAAUUGACACAGUGGGACCUGUUCAUCAAGAUGCACCACUUGAUCCAGAAAUAUUGAGGCGGGAGGAAGCAGUUACGAAAGCACAGGCUGCUUUCAGGGGUUAUUUGGCUCGGAGAGCAUUCAGAGCCCUUAAAGGCAUAAUAAGGUUACAAGCACUUAUUCGUGGGCACUUGGUUAGAAGACAAGCUGUUGUUACAUUAUGCUGUAUGUAUGGAAUUGUCAAAUUACAAGGACUUGUUCAGGGACAAAGAGUUAGACAGUCUGAUGUUGGAUUUGAAAUUCAUGAGAAGUGCAAUCUAUUAAAGCUUCAGGAUGACAAACCUGUCAAGCCAAUUGCUAUAUCUGAUAAAAUUCUGAAGCUGUCAGCCAAUAAUUUCAUCCGAAAGCUUAUUGCUUCCUCUACUACAAUAAUGGCCCUGCGUUUGCAAUAUGUCCGCGGUGAUCCAAAUUCAGUCCUAAGUUGGUUGGAGCGCUGGUCAGCAUCUCGGUUUUGGAGGCCAAUUCCCCAACCCAAGAAAAUCCGGGAUACUAAGUCUCAGAAAAAGCAGGGUAAUAUUGCAACUGGAGAUGCUCAAACAAGCAAGUCAAAACGUACCCACAGGAAGCUUUCUACUGCAAAUUUUGACCUAGCCCCAGCACAAGCAAAUCCUGAAUUUGAAAAACCAAAACGAAAUGUAAGGAAAUUUCCAAGCCAACCCUCUGAUCCUGUGCUGGAAAAUCCCCAAAUUGAGCUUGAGAAGAUUAAGCGAAACUUGAGAAAGGUUCAUAACCCAGUUGUUGAGACUUCAGUUCUGUCAGAAGUUGAAUCUGAGACUCAGAAGCCACAUCUGGAAAAAGAAACAGUUGCCUCAAGUGUCGGUGUUUCAGAACAAGCAGUCAUCAGUUCUAAUGAAAGAAUCAAGAAGGAAGCAAUGAAAAUCAUUUCCAGUGAGCUGGAUAUUGGAAUUACUGCUGGAGGUUUAGUUAGUAAGGUGUUUGACACUCCAAGCAGUUAUCAGGUGAAUGUGGAAUCAAAGCCCUUGACAGAUAUUACCAGUAAAGAUGAGAACAUUUCUGAUGAUGAAAUGAAAAAUGAGUCCAUAGAUUUAGUUGAGACUAGCAAAGAUGAAAAUUCUCACUUAACCAAUGGAGGUUUGAGUCACAAGGAAGAUCAAACAGGUAGUGAAAAUCAGAAACCAAUCCGAAAAGCCUCAAUUGUAGCUAAGCAGGAACGUGUCGAGAACGGUGCACAUAAUAGCCCGACAGUACCUAGUUAUAUGGCAGCAACUGAAUCUGCCAAAGCAAAAUUACGGGCUCAAGGAUCCCCGAAAAUUGGACAAGAUGGAAGUGAGAAAAACAACAAUCCUCGGCGACAUUCUCUGCCAUCUUUAACUAACAGCAAAAUCAGUUCUCAUUCACCUAGGACACAGAGGCCAGUUCAUUCAGGUGGUAAAGGGGCCCACAAAAGUGACAAAGCUGUAUCUUCUGUGGUUGGAAACGGCAAGGUAGUUCAAGCAGAAUGGAAGAGGUAA